CAGAUAAGUCAUGUGGAGAGAGGAUGUAAAGAAAACAGAGAAAUGGCAUGCCGCAUCCAAUCGGGAUGUAUUCGCAUUAGUUACGACAAGUGACAGCUGUGUGAAACUAUGUAUAUAUUCACUCCGAUGUAAAACUGGCAACGUAGAUUGGCUUUAUCAAGCGCAAACAGGCCUUUUCAACGUGCCGCUGUUGUUGUAACAUUUGGACAGCAACAUUUCGAGUCGUACUGAUAUACUCAUUACCGAUACCGGUUACCACUGCCAUGGAUCUUCUAAAGUCUUUCGCCCACCCUGACGAAGUUGUGGCUUUGCUCAAAUUUAAACUUGGCGGAUAUUCGAAAACUAUGCCGAAGAAUGACUAUGACAAGAUGUCGAAGACUUUACAAAAGUGCUAUGAUUACUUAAAUAAAACAAGUCGGAGUUUUGCUGCUGUAAUUCAAGCUCUGGAAGGCGACCUCAGGCAUGCUGUGUGUAUAUUUUACCUGGUACUGAGGGCUCUGGAUACAGUAGAAGAUGACAUGACGAUACCCGUGAAAGUGAAAGUGCCCAUGCUUAUGAACUUUCACAAAAAUCUCUACGACAGAAGCUGGAAUUUCACUGAGAGCAAAGAGAAAGAUCGAAUGGUUCUGGAAGAUUUCCCUACCAUUACACACGAGUUCCUUGAGUUAGCCAGACACUAUCAGGUGGUCAUUGAAGACAUCACCAAGAGGAUGGGCAAAGGGAUGACUGUGUUCUUGGACAAGGGAGUCGGAUCCAUGGAGGAAUGGAAUGAGUACUGUCACUAUGUGGCGGGUCUGGUGGGUAUUGGCCUGUCACAGCUGUUCUCAGCCUCAGGGCUUGAAGGUAGCAUUGUGGGACAGGAUCAGAGGCUAGCAAACAACAUGGGGCUGUUCCUACAGAAAACAAACAUCAUCAGGGACUAUCUAGAGGACUCUGUGGAAGGGAGAGAAUUCUGGCCCAAAGCUGCAUGGGGAAAGUAUGCCAGUAAGCUGUCGGAUCUGGCCAAGCCGGAAAAGCGUGUUGAUGCAGUAUUGUGUCUUAACGAGCUUAUUACAAAUACGUUGGAACUGGUGCCCGAUCUCAUGACAUACAUGUCUCGCCUGAAAAACCAGUCCAUCUUCAACUUCUGUGCCAUUCCUCAGGUUAUGGCAAUAGCCACCUUGGAGCGUUGCUAUGACAACCCAGGUGUGUUUACAGGUGUGGUGAAGAUUCGUAAAGGUGAAGCCGUCCGUAUGAUGAUGGAGGCGACUUCCCUGGACAGCGUAAAAGCGAUCUUUGCUUACUUUCUGAACCAGAUAAACAAGAGAAUACCAGGUAGUGGUCGUGCGACCGAAAAGACGCGAUCAGUGUGCACCCAGGCCCUCCAGAUGACGCAGACGUCGCAUUCGUACACCACUGUCAGUAUUUACCCCCCUUUGUACGUGUCCUGCGCUAUGCUGGUCUCUGCAAUACUCUGGAAGUACUGGGCCAGCGUGGCAACUCUUUACUCUUACUCAAAUGAUAACUCUGACAACUGAUUCCAUUCCAAGGAGAAACUGAAUACAGUGGAUUCAACUCAUUGUGAAACCUGAAUGCAGUGAAUUUGACACUGUGACAACUGAAUACAUUGAGUGGGAAACUGAAUGCAUUGAUUUUGACACCGUGUGAAAACUGAAUGCAUUGAAUUUGACACCGUGUGAAAACUGAACACAGUGACCUGGACAGUGUUAAAAGUGCGAAAACUGUGAAUUUAGCACAGCAUGAAGACCAAAUAGAGUGUACAGUAUUUCACACUCAUUCACAACAUUGUUUUCUUUAUGGAAGGUUUAAAAUUUUAAGUGGAAAAAUUUUGAAAUCUUUAAUAGUUUUGUGGACUGUCCCAAAAAAAACCCCAUAAAUUGCAUUAUGUAAGCCAUAAGUUUCUAGAGUACAAGUACCUUACAGGAAGGACAAUGUUGUUAAUACUUGUAUUAAAUUUUUUUUUUGUUGUUUUUUUUUUUUCUUAAUGUAGUUUGUAGUUUGCCAGCUCCAAGUCUAUGACAGCAUUUGAUCACCAAAGUCAGUAUCUUAUUCCCAGCUUGAUUAUUUCAGCAUUCGUAUGUUUCCAGAUUGUGCCAGUCAGUAUUCAUGACAUUAAAUAUAUUGUGAAACAUAUUGACAUAUCCCAGUCCUAGCGUAAUCAAGACUGCAGACAUCUGCAUGUUUAACUCAUGCCAAAACAAUGUGAAAACAUUGCCUAAAUAACAUGAGAGUUAACACAAAACUAUGCUUGACUGCCUCAGUUCAAAAAGCAGCUUUUCUUGACAUUCACAAUUUUGUGAGAGAAGAGCCCAGAUGUGCAUGAGGUCGAAUAUCAUCAAUCUGCUGUAAUAUCGUGUUAUAACGUCGUGCCAGAAUGGGGUAGGUUCUUUGUCCAAAUUUACCACCUGAAAAGAUUAAAUUAAUAAUGUCAUAUGUUUAUUUUUUUUCUGGUGUACUAUCCUUACCUGACAAGGUGAUUUACAUUAUGAGCUCUCACCAUUGCCAUCAGUUUUAUACCUCACUUGAUAAAGUUUAUCAAUCAAUCAAUUCUCCGUGAAGUAAUACCUGUACAAGCAUCCUUUAGAGCUGUUUACUCAAAUAACUAUUUACCAAGGAUAUUUAUUUGUGAUCCUAAAUUAUUUAUGUACCCGGUGAUGUGUAUAUUUUGUGGUUGGUUGGCUAACAGUUGAAUCAUGUCAUUUUCUCCUUUUUGUUGUUGUUGUUUUUUUGAUGUACAUGUAUGAUGAUAAUACAAGUUAAUCUCAAAAGUUGCAGUUAUCUCCCCUUGAUAGUCAGUUAAUUUAUUUAGAUGGUGAUAAGAAUAGUAAUUAAAACCAAGUCUAAAGUCAAAACCAAAGUUGCUUGUAUCAUUCUCAAAAACCUGGAGGGAACAGGCUUGGCCAAAUGUUAAAUGUGCUUUCCUUUUGAUCGCUAGGCGACACAAAACACGGUUAAUGGAUAUGCAAAAUAAAUAUGGAGUUCAGGAUGUGGCCUGACAUGCAAAAGUACCAUAAAGCUUCUUGGCUUUCUUCUUUGGGUGUAAAAAUGGCUUUAUACGGCGGGUUUCCCCCGAGGGCAAUCUGGAAAUUAAAUAGCCUACUGUGAUCAUGCCAAUGG